CAGCGAUAAGCUUCCACUCUGGACGUCACUAGGUAUGUAGGAUUUUUCCGCCAGGGGCGCAAAGGAAACUCGAUUUAGUUAAGAAAUGUAAAAUUAAUGCGAACUCUAUUGGAAAAAGAUACGCUCCACGGCAAUAUAGGAACUUGCGAAAUAUUUGCUUUGCACUGAGAAAAAUGUCAUCACUUGUGUGACAUUUUUAAUUUCUUUGGCUCCAAAAAAGGAUAUUUACAUGUUGCUUGAACACCGAACAUAAAUCAGCAGUCGCUCUCUUAUUGAUGUUUGAAAGGUACAGUUUUGUACCUGAGAAUUUUUCGGGUGUCAUUAGGCAUUCCGAAGGCAUAUCAAUAUCACCUUGUUGCUUUCUGUGGAUUACAGCUUGUAAACAAAGACUGUUCUUGCAGAUUUUUAUGCAAUUUGCUUUACAGUAACGCUACCAAAGUAAAAGAAACUCUUUACUUUAAGCUCUGCUACUUAAUUUUGCUUCAAAUUCUUUUUUUGUAGGUGUUUAAUCUGCUAUAAAUUUCACAAGACUAAAUAAGUCUACAUGUUAUUACUUAACACGUAUUUUGAAAUUUUUUUUGUGCUUUUUUGAGUUAGAUUUUUAGACUAGAAAGUAUGCGUUAGGUAAUACAUGUCACACCUUUUGCUGUACGUAAGUAAAGGGAAAUUUUCCAACACAUACUAUUCAUAAUAGUGUCAACAUGUUCUCUUCUAGAAAAUAUUCUGGCAAAAAGGGAGAAAUUCAUAAUUUAUUUUUUUACCAAUAACUCAUUUGAAAUGCUAAUUUUAUAACAGGUCAUUAUCAAAUCUCUCAGUAAACUGGUGAAAGGAACAAGACACCUGUUAAGAACUCAAUUACUUUAUUAUAGUUUUUCAGAAGUCAUUCCCAGUUUAAUUAUUUUAUGAUUGUUUUUCAGAAGUCAUCCCCCUAUUAUUAACAGUCAGACUGGCAAUAGCCAUGCCCCCGUAUGAAAAGAAUGAUGUGGCUGAAGAAUUUUUGAUGGAGGCUGACAAGAAAGAUGAGGACAUGUCGCAGAAUAGGCCAUCCAUGAAACAACUCAACUUACUGGUCAAAGAUGUAGUCUCACAUAGUACUUGGUGGGACCUCUAUGGUGUUGACUUAACAAUUAUGUUUGCAAACUUUGCACUUCUUCCUAUCAGUCUUUUUCUGAUUGGAUCUGGCUGUAUACCUUUGUUUGCAACUGGCUAUCUUCUGUUCUCCUAUGUCCAUGCCACAUUUACAGUGAAGCUGGCCCAUGCAGCUGUACACAAUGCCUUGGCAGGCUCAUCACAUUUCUUCAACCGCCUUCUGUCUGUGUUCUUCAUUGAGAUCUGGGGAGGUUUUACAGAACAAGGCAGCUUUGAGGCUCAUAUUCAGUUACAUCACCCUUACACUAAUGUGAUUGGUUUGGGUGAUUCUAGCUCAUGGCGAGCACCAUUCUUGGGCCGCUUUACAUACCUCUUCAUUGCUCCACUGUCCAUGCCACUCUUCAACACCGCAAUAGGCAUAACCUUGCUCGCUGGACGCUGGUAUUCAAUUGCUAGGUUUCUCUGUAUAGCAACAGCUGGCUACAUCAUGCACUUUUGCUUGUUCCGGUACUUAGCUGGAUUGUCCCUUUUGGGCACCAUCCUUUGCAUGAUCACUACUCGUUCGGUAUUUGCCAUUCCAUACAUCCAUGUGAAUAUCUUCCAGCACAUUGGUUUGCCCAUGUAUGAUGUAAAGAAACGCCCAAGACGACUCUACCAAUUAGCUUCAGCAGCUCUCAAUCUGCCAAGAAAUCCACUUCUGGAUUAUUCCUUUGGCCAUUCCAUCAUCAGCUGCCAUGUGGAACAUCAUUUAUUUCCACGACUGUCUGAUAACAUGUGCCUGAAAAUCAAGCCUGUGGUGUCCAGCUACCUUAAGAAUAAUAGCCUUCCAUAUAAUGAAGCCACUUAUAUGAAUCAACUGUCAAAAUUUUACAACAAUUAUGAUGAGCUUAUGGUGAAAGCUCCACCGAUUACAGAACUGAUUGGCAUACAGUAAAAAUAUCUUCAGCAGGGAAUUACACUAUUUAAAGAAGAACUUAAAUUUAUCAGAUGUUGAGAGGUCUCUUUUGAGUGGGUAGUUUUCAAAGUUGAGAGGG